CACAGGUAGCUAAAACACCCCCAGCUCCUUACUUGACAUUUUAGCAGAGAGCAGGAGGAGGAGGUAUCAGUCUGUGCCGGUCAUUGGAUCUGAAAAAAGCACAUUUUAAAGCAGGCUGCGCGAUAUGCAUUCAGACACUGUUGUGGUCCCAUCUCCAGGUGUGGGGCCUCACCUUAUUUUCGUUCACCAGGGGUUGGUCAUGGAGCUGAAUGGAAGAGAGGAGCAGAUUCCAGGACUGUGGGAGGAAGCUGGAGAACUUGGAGAAAACCCACACAUGCACAGGGAGAACAUGCAGACUCCGUGCGGAAAGAUCCUGGGAAGGCUGGUGCAAACUGGAGAUCUUCUAGCUACGAGAGAAAGUCCAGCCGUGGAGUGUGGAAUCUCCUGCUGCCAGAUCAGUUCUCCUCUGGGUGCUGAGCAGAGCUUUUUUUCAUCAUGAACGCAGACAAACAUCCAGAAUUUGCAUCCUCAGAGGGAGACGGGACGGAGUGUCUGAAUGCUUGCACUGAUGUUGAAGACAUGAAGCCACAGGAGGAGGAAAAAGAGAAGGAUAACUCAUUCAGUGAGAAUGGAAUUCAGUGUGCUGAAGGUGUCACAGAUCCACGUGUGAUGAAAACCGAAGCAGAGGAGGUGGAAGAACGUGAGAUGGUUCCUCAAGAGGAAGCAAAGGGAGGCAGCGAGGAUGGCAUGGAGGAGGGAUUCGACGAGGAGAGGAUGGAGGAAGACAACGAUGAUGGGGAUGAAGAGGGAGAAACCCUGAAUGAGCCACAGGACCUGUCAUUGGUGGACUACUCUCGUUAUGACAGCGCUGUCAUGGCAGACGCCCACACAGCAGCGUCGGAGGCCCCUCGCAUCCAGACACCAGGCAAACUCAGCUGCGACAUCUGUGGCCUGUCCUGCAUCAGCAUUAACGUACUGCUGGUGCACAAGCGCAGCCACACGGGUGAGAGGCCAUUCCACUGCAGUCAGUGCGGGGCCUCCUUUACCCAGAAGGGAAACCUGCUUCGCCACAUCAAACUGCACUCCGGGGAGAAGCCUUUCAAAUGCCCGAUGUGUAGCUAUGCCUGCCGCCGACGCGACGCUCUGAGCGGGCACCUGCGCACGCAUUCUGUGGAGAAGCCCUUCAAGUGCAACUACUGCAGCCGCAGCUACAAGCAGCGCAGCUCACUCGAAGAGCACCGAGAGAGAUGCCAUGUGUACAUUCAGAGCAAAGGUCCCGCCGACAGAGAGGACAACCACAUAGCCACGACUCAGAUGGGCACCGAGCGGGCACUGCUGCUCAACCGGCUCGCCAGCAACGUCGCCAAACGAAAGAGUUCAAUGCCGCAGAAGUUCACCGGCGACAACGGCGUCUGCCUGGACCUGAGCUUCAACAGGGAGCCGGUCCACCCGGCUGAUGUCAAGGACCCUCCGCCUACGGGCUCCCCGGGGCCUGAUGCCCACCACCAGCAGCAGCCCAUCCUCACAAAUGGCGACCCGCCUCCUUCCCAACGGUCCUACCCGAUCCCGUUAAGCCAAAGCCCCAUGAGCCUAACCAACGGCCACAAGAUGGGCAUGCCACUCCUGGGCCUCCCCCCCACCGCCCAGCCCCCCCUCAGCAUGGACUCCUUUCACGCCGACGGCUCUCAGAUGCCCGUCAUGUACAGCUUAGGGCACCUGCCGGGGGGCCUGAACCACCAGAACGGCGUUCCUCACCCGCAGCCCAUCCCCCUGCCCCCUCUGGAGGCUUUGAGGGUGAUGCGGAGUGACGGGGAGGCAGGGGGGCUGCUGGGCGCUGUGUAUCCCUGCGGACACUGCAGGGUGAUCUUCCUGGACUACGUCAUGUUCACCAUCCACAUGGGCUGCCACGGCUUCCGCGACCCGCUGGAGUGCAAUGUUUGCGGCCACCGCAGCCGGGACCGUUACGAGUUCUCUUCCCACAUAGCCCGUGGCGAGCACCGCCUAGAACUGAAGUAGACAUUCACGCUUACACUCACACAAAAACUCAGGCAGUACACACAGAUGUACUCAUAUAAGUAGUAUCAGGGAUGAAAGCAUGAAGUAGCAGCUGUCUCUCUCUGCGUCUUUAGUGUGUGUUUGUAAGGAAGGCGUUAUAAAAGUGAGGCGGGUAUCUGAGUGUUAUUAGUCAUAUUGUACUCAUCUGAAAAGAUGGCCUGUAAAGUGUUGAUGCAGGAGUAAUUCUACUUCUUUUUCAUGCAUAUAUAUAUAUAUAUAUAUGUGUGUGUAUGUAUAUAGCUUUGCACUUGCUAUGUUUGUAUCACAAAGCCACAUAUUCAGUUAAAUGUUCAACAAAAUAGCAGAAAACAUUUGCUGUGUAUCUUCUGCUUUUUUAUCUUAGUUGUAAAGGUGUAAAAACAAACCCUCCCUUGCGAGAGGUUUAGCUUCUCUGAAAAACACUUGCCAAUUCAAGAGUGUAGAACAAAAAAAAAGAAGAAGAAAAAAAUCCUAUUAUCUAGAAGGUCACAUGUCUCUUUUUAGGCUGUGGUUUUCAGAGAAGUCAUGGCUUCAAAAGACGCCACUUCACUCUGCACACUGCGCUGGUUUCACACUCCAGAAUAUUAUACUCAGUUACUGUUGCCACACUGUAGAAAUGCAUGACGUUUUUUUUGCAGACAUAUAAGUGUAGGAAAGCACAAAAAUGCAAUAUGUUUAGGAAGAACAGAGACAAAUGGGAUGCAAAUAUAAAUAAAGUUCAGGUUAAAGCUGUUAUUAUAUGACAUUAAACCCUCCUUCUACCAGCAUAUUUAGCAGACAAAGAGAAUAAACUGCUAUAAGAAACAAACAUCAGAGCAAACAUGUCCUCUUAAAGCCGAACAAAAAAUGUUAUUACUAGUUGAGGAAACUUACAAAUAAUUUGCAUAUUGUGUAAAACAGAAAUGUGGCGUACGAAUUUUAAAACGUGUUUAUCGUCCUUUGAUUCUGGCAUUAUUUUCAGUAAUUUCAACUAGUCUUAUGAUCUCAGAGUUUUUCCAAUCUUUGUCUUUGACAUCAUCCACACUGUAAAAAUUUAGGAUAGAUUUAGCCAAACACAUCUUGGAGUUCUGAGAAACAGAACUAACCUCCUCAGAUCUUUCUCCUUCCAUACUCCUCCUUCUCGCCCACUUUGUCUGCAGCAUCAGACAUGGUUUUACUUUUUCUCACACUCACAAUCUAUCCUGACUUCACUCUGAAAACAUAUUACUCAGAUGCAUAACAUGACAUGUUUUUAUUAGAAUAUAAACAUGUAAUUUGAGUGCCAGAAAAUGUGUUAUUAAAUUCUGGAUUGUAUUUUGCUCUAUUUUAGGAUGUGCAGAUUUAAAGUUGUCAGCAGAGGGAAUCUGUGUCUCCUUAUAAAUGAGUUACCCAACCAUACCUGAUAGCGUGUGAUACUUUAAAUUAGAACUGAACUCUUGUGCCACUGGUACGUUUAAAAUGCACAAAUUAAAGCAGAAACAGAGAAGAAUGAUAUGAAGUCAUUAGGAACACCACAACUGACUUGGAAAUUGUACAUUCUGGGGACUGUCUCUCUUAAUUUCUUUACAGUAAUUAGAUCUCACUGUUUCUUCCUCUUAUGCUGUGAACAGAAACAUCAAUGGACCUCUUUUCACACCAGCAUCCACCUGCUGGAAGAAGUUUCAAACUGCAUCACAGUGGGUUUUUAUGCUGUAGGAACCUGUUCCUUAAACCCAAAACCUGCCGGCAGCUUUGAACGGUGUGUCGUCUUCUUAGAAAUCACUACAGUUACAACAACACCACCUAUUAGAACCCAAAACUCUCAAAACAGAAAGAAUUAUCAGAUUUGCAAAUUUUUUAUGGACCUUGAAAUACUCAUCUGUGAUGUGCGGUUCCAUCAGAAACCCUGUGUUGAAAAUUGUAAAAAUCUAUGCUUAAAAUCAUGACAUUUCAUCAAAAUCACUUCAUUUUUUCAUGUCUCAUCUAAACAUUUGCUAUAAAUAAAUCAUUUUUUCUACCUAGA